AGCCUGAUGCCGGUGACACGGAGCAAAGUCCGGUGGUUUUAUCCGGUAACGUUAAAGUGACGAGAAACAAAGUGUGUGGGUCCGGGUGGAGCAGCGGAGAGAAGCGGAGAGAAGCGGAGGAACUCAUCUAAAGUCUCCAUUACGGCUGGAGAUCAGCGGAAGUACACACGCAGCUGCCGCUAGCUAGCUAUGUGGUGACGCUGACAGGAAGAGCUCGAGCUCACGGGGGCUGAAUGGCGUCGACGCGGGGCACCUGGUGGAGUCGACCCGGGCAGCAGUGAAGAUGCAGCAUUGAGGACGUUGUAUUGCAUGCUGGGACAUUGAGUUUCCCGUGGUCCCCUGACAGGAUGCUCCAGGGGCCUUACGGGGGCCUGGACCGGGACCGGCCCCUGAUCCGGCUGCCCUUCACCAGCUUCGCUGUGGCCACGGUGCUGCUCCCUCUGACCGGCCUCAUCGCCUGCCUCCUCAUCUCUCUGCUGUACCACUACGAGGACGCCACGUACACACACUGCCAUGUGUCGAACUACCUCCCGUCCAUCAGCGCCGCCAUCAGCCGCAUGCCGGAGCGCUACAUCUGGCGCGGCUGCAUCGGCCUUCACUCUGCCCCACGCUACCUGGUGGCCGUGGCCUACUUUAACUUCUACCGCAGCCGCUUUGCCAAGAGGCUGCUGGAGCUGCUGCUCAGCGGACUGGUUCUCCUCUGCAGCCUCACGGAGAACACGGGCCUGCUGCUGCUCACAUACGUGUCGUCCACAGAAACGUACAGUCUUCAUAAAAACGGAUUCAUCGUGUUUGUAGGGAGCUCGCUGCUGCACAUGCUCAUUACCUGCUGGCUGUGGCAGGUGAUCAGGAGAUACUGUGUGAACCCAGAGGAAGUGACAUCAUACAAAUGGAAGGUGCGUCUCUUCCUGUUUAACGUGGGCUGUUGUCUGGCUGCAGCGUACUUCUUCAGACGCCACAACAAGUUCUGUGAGAGCGGAGUCUACACCCUGUUCGCCCUGUUUGAAUACCUGGUGGUUUUCUCCAACAUGGCCUUCCACAUGACGGCCUUCUGGGACUUCGGGAGCAAGGAGGUGAUAGUGGCCACGCCCCCUGAGGACAAACGAUACUGAACCUAACCCGAAGCCUUGAGUCAGAUCGGACGUGGACCUGAGUCCAGCAGCUGCUGUGAAGACUGGAGCGACAGACGUGAUGCUCACAUGUCCAGUUAGUUCUGUCAUGUGCUCAACGCAGGUUCUGAGACGAGACAACAAUAUGCUCAACAUGAAUCCUCUCUAAUGAUGACUCAGUGGCACAGCAAGUCAACCAAGGGUCCUCUGUGCAGGUGUAUUUUUAUAUUGUAUGAUAUGUAUAUUUGCGAGGACCAUUUUAAACAUCGACCUUACACAGUCGGGACCUUUUUGGAAAGUGAGGACAUUUUGGCCGAUCGUCACUUUCUCUCCGAGGCCGGUUAGAGGCUGAAGACUUGGUAUUUAUUCAGAUGGUUAAUGUGAGGGUGAGGGGCCGGACAAGCAUCAUGCUAAUGACAGAAGUACAAGAAUGUGUAUGUGGACCGUAGAUCACUUAUUUUCUCAAAGACGGUUUCUGUCAUCAGCAACAUAGACUCUAACAAGUUAGCAAGCUAGCAGUUUGGUAACGUCAAACGAAAAGAUGAGACUGUUCAGAGGUGUAAUUAAAAGUUUGAAGAAAUCUUAAAA